GCAGAGCUGGACCGGACUGUGUGAUUUAAACCAGCUCAUAGACACCGUUGGGUGUUGGAGUUCACGCACUGGACUGUCCUGUUUUACCGAGGAAACAUUUGCGUCCGGUUGCGCUUCCGCCAUGUUGAGCUGAUUCAAGUUGUGAGUGACUGCUGGGACCGAGGUGACAACAAGCCUCAGAUACCGGAUAGAUAGAGUUAGGGAGCUGUAGCUGCGCCGGUGACGCAGGAGAAGCACUCAGAAGCAGAGGAGAAAACGUAAGGAGCAGGUCUUUUUAGUAACAGGAUUGUGUCCUGCGAAACUAACACUAAGAGAGGCGCCGUUUAUGUAAUAUAUAUAUACACACAACGACACCACGGUCGAACGCUUGGACGUAGUUCGUGCAUAGAGGGGAAGUCCUAUCAAAUUCCUGGUUAUGCAAUGGUCCCAGCAGCUCAUCCAGAUCUUCAGGUGCUUGUGUCCCUCUCUUGUUUGUUCGGGCUCUCUUCCCUCUGCUUUUCAGCUGAGGUGGCUGUGAUUUCCCUUCUGGCCAGCACUUCCUAAGAGGCCAAGAUUGCCAAGAUCUGUCCGGUGGCGAGCAUGACGGCCACCACGCGUGGCUCUCCGGUGGGGGGCAAUGACAGCCAGGGCCAGGCACCUGAUCCUCAAAGCCAACCCCCACUGCCACAGAAUCAGACAUCACCUCCUAACUCAUCCAAUGAGAACUCUCCAGUGAGCCCACCUGAUGAGCAGGGCCACGGGGAUGGGCCCCCUCAGCUGGAAGAGGAAGAGCCUGCUUUUCCUCACACUGACCUAGCCAAGCUUGAUGACAUGAUCAACAGGCCUCGAUGGGUUGUUCCAGUUUUGCCAAAAGGAGAGUUAGAAGUCCUCUUGGAAGCUGCUAUAGAUCUAAGUAAAAAAGGGCUGGAUGUGAAAUGUGAGGCAUGUCAGAGGUUUUUCCGGGAUGGUUUAACUAUUUCCUUCACAAAAAUUCUGACAGAUGAGGCAGUCAGCGGCUGGAAGUUUGAGAUACAUAGGUGCAUCAUUAACAACACACAUCGGUUGAUUGAACUGUGUGUGGCCAAGCUUUCUCAGGACUGGUUUCCACUACUGGAGCUGCUGGCCAUGGCCACCAACCCCCACUGCAAGUUCCACAUCUACAACGGCACACGGCCCUCUGAGACCGUACCUGCUGGGGCACAGCUUGCUGACGACGAGCUCUACGCUCGGCCACCGGACCCACGAUCCCCUAAGGGCUGGCUGGUUGAUUUAAUAAACAAAUUUGGCGCGUUAAACGGAUUUCAAAUUUUGCACGAUCGCUUCAUGAGCGGCCAAGCACUGAACGUCCAAAUCAUCGCUGCUCUUAUCAAACCUUUUGGCCAAUGUUAUGAGUUCCUCACAUUGCACACGGUAAAGAAAUACUUCCUUCCAGUCAUCGAGAUGGUCCCUCAGUUUCUAGAGAAUCUCACAGAUGAGGAGCUAAAGAAGGAGGCCAAGAAUGAAGCCAAAAAUGAUGCACUGUCCAUGAUAAUCAAGUCUCUGAAGAAUCUGGCUUCCCGUGUACCAGGGCAAGAGGAGACUGUGAAGAAUUUAGAGAUUUUUAGGUUAAAAAUGAUUCUUAGGUUAUUACAAAUUUCUUCUUUUAACGGCAAAAUGAAUGCACUAAAUGAAGUUAACAAGGUGAUCUCCAGUGUGUCCUACUACACUCAUCGACAUAACCCAGAAGAGGAGGAGUGGCUUACUGCAGAACGCAUGGCGGAAUGGAUCCAGCAGAAUCACAUCCUGUCUAUUGUCCUGAGAGACAGUUUGCAUCAGCCGCAGUAUGUGGAGAAACUUGAGAAGAUCCUCAGAUUUGUUAUAAAAGAGAAAGCUCUGACCAUGCAAGAUUUGGACAACAUCUGGGCUGCACAGGCUGGUAAGCAUGAGGCCAUUGUGAAGAAUGUUCAUGACCUUUUGGCUAAAUUGGCAUGGGACUUCUCACCCGAGCAGCUUGAUCAUCUUUUUGACUGCUUCAAGGCAAGCUGGACCAACGCCAGCAAAAAGCAGCGUGAAAAACUACUUGAACUUAUUCGGCGCUUGGCUGAAGAUGACAAGGACGGUGUGAUGGCCCACAAGGUCCUCAACCUGCUGUGGAACCUGGCCCACAGUGAUGAUGUACCUGUGGACAUCAUGGACCAAGCUCUUAGUGCUCACAUUAAGAUACUUGACUACAGUUGCUCACAGGACAGAGAUACGCAGAAGAUUCAGUGGAUAGAUCGCUUCAUAGAAGAACUACGAACUAAUGACAAAUGGGUGAUCCCUGCCUUAAAACAAAUCAGGGAAAUUUGUAGCCUCUUUGGAGAAGCUCCUCAAAACCUCAGUCAAACCACGAGAAGUCCUCAUGUAUUUUACCGCCAUGACCUGAUCAACCAGUUGCAGCAUAACCAUGCUUUGGUCACACUGGUGGCAGAGAAUCUCUCAGCCUACAUGGAGACCAUGAGGCAAUUAUCCAAAGAAGAACAAGCAGAAUUUGAUCCACAGAUCGUCCGACCAGGAAGCCGCUACAGUCAUGUCCAGGAAGUACAGGAACGACUCAACUUUCUGAGGUUUCUGUUAAAAGAUGGCCAGUUGUGGCUGUGUGCCCCUCAAGCAAAGCAGAUCUGGAAGUGUCUGGCUGAAAAUGCAGUGUUUCUGUGUGACCGUGAGGCCUGCUUCAAGUGGUACUCAAAGCUGAUGGGUGAUGAGCCAGACCUAGAUCCAGACAUCAAUAAGGACUUCUUUGAGAACAAUGUUUUACAGUUGGACCCAUCUCUGCUGACAGAAAAUGGCAUGAAGUGCUUUGAGAGGUUCUUUAAAGCAGUCAACUGCAGGGAAGGGAAGCUAGUAGCAAAACGCAGAGCCUACAUGAUGGAUGACCUGGAAUUAAUCGGCUUGGACUAUCUAUGGAGGGUUGUGAUUCAAGGAAGUGAUGACAUUGCUAACCGAGCCAUAGACCUACUAAAAGAGAUCUACACCAACCUUGGACCAAAACUACAAGUCAACCAGGUUGAGAUUCAUGAAGAUUUUAUCCAGUCCUGUUUUGACCGUCUGAAGGCGUCCUAUGACACUCUGUGUGUUCUGGACGGAGAUAAAGACAGCAUUAAUUGUGCACGGCAGGAGGCCAUCCGUAUGGUCCGUGUGCUUACAGUACUCAAGGAGUACAUAAAUGAGUGUGAUAGUGACUACCACGAGGAGAGGACUAUACUUCCAAUGUCGAGAGCUUUCCGGGGAAAGCACAUCACACUGAUUGUACGUUUUCCUAACCAAGGUCGUCAGGUGGACGAUUUAGACAUUUGGUCACACACCAAUGACACUAUUGGCUCAGUUCGACGUGGCAUCCUGAACAGAAUAAAAGCCAAUGCUGCACAUACAAAGAUCGAGCUAUUUAUUGGUGGAGAGGUUGUGGAUCCAGCUGAUGACAGGAAGCUGAUUGGACAGCUCAAUUUGAAGGACAAAACGCUGAUCACGGCCAAGCUGACCCAGGUGAGUGCCAACAUGCCCUCAAGUCCAGACAGCUCAUCUGACUCAUCCACUGGCUCCCCUGGUAACCAUGGAAACCACUACAGCGAUGGGCCUAACCCUGAAGUAGAGAGCUGCCUUCCUGGUGUGAUUAUGUCGCUGCAUCCGCGCUACAUCUCCUUCCUGUGGCAGAUCGCUGACUUGGGCUGCAGCCUCAACAUGCCUCAGCUUAGAGAUGGCGCUCGAGUUCUCAUGAAACUUAUGCCUCCAGAUAACACCACUGUGGAGAAUCUGAGAGCUGUGUGUCUGGAUCAUGCUAAGCUUGGCGAGAACAGUCUGAGUCCUUCACUGGACUCUCGUUUCUUCGGCCCUUCACCUUCACAAGUGCUCUACCUUAUUGAGGUUGUGUAUGCUUUGCUGAUGCCAGCCAGUGCCACUCUGGGCGAGGAUGCCAGUGAUUUUCAGUACAACUUCCUAAAGAGCGGUGGUCUGCCCUUGGUUUUGAGCAUGCUCACUAGGAACAACUUUCUUCCUUCAGCAGACAUGGAAACACGCCGAGGGGCUUACCUCAAUGCUCUGAAGAUUGCUAAGCUCCUUCUGACUGCAGUUGGUUUCGGGCAUGUAAAAGCUGUGGCUGAGGCUUGUCAGCCCAACACUGAGGGGAAUAUUCCCGUCUCUCCAAUAAACCAGGCAACUCAUGACCAGGCGCUGGUUCUUCAGAACGCCCUGCAGAACAUUCCCAACCCUGCCUCUGAGUGCAUGCUACGUAAUGUAGCUAUUCGCCUGGCUCAGCAGAUUUCUGAUGAGAAUUUCUUCCAGGCGUCAAAGUACAUCCCAGACAUUUGUGUGAUCCGAGCAGUGCAGAAAAUUGUGUGGGCAUCAGGCUGUGGUACCGUGCAGCUUGUGUUCAGUUCCAAUGAGGAAAUCAGCAAGAUCUACGAGAAGACAAAUGCAGCCAAGGAGCCAGAUGGUGAGGAUGAGCAGGUAUGCUGCGAGGCCUUGGAAGUGAUGACUCUGUGUUUUGCCCUCAUGCCCACGGCGCUUGACACGCUCAGUAAGGAGAAGGCUUGGCAGACCUUUAUCAUAGACUUGCUGCUACACUGCCACAGCAAAUCCGUGCGUCAGAUGGCCCAGGAGCAGUUUUUCCUCAUGGCAACAAGGUGCUGUAUGGGACAUCGACCCCUACUGUUUUUUAUCACCCUCCUUUUCACAGUGCUCGGGAGCACAGCCAAAGAGCGAGCCAAACAUGCUGGGGACUACUUCACUCUGCUCCGACAUCUACUGAACUAUGCGUACAACAGUAACAUCAAUGUGCCGAACGCUGAGGUGCUGCUCAACAAUGAGAUUGACUGGCUGAAACGAAUACGGGAUGAGGUUAAGAGAAUUGGAGAAACUGGUGUGGAGGAAACCAUCCUGGAAGGUCACCUUGGGGUCACCAAAGAGCUUCUAGCCUUCCAGACACCAGAAAAGAAAUAUUACAUCGGCUCUGAAAAGGGAGGAGCGAACCUUAUUAAGGAGCUUAUUGAUGACUUCAUCUUCCCAGCAUCAAAUGUUUACCUGCAGUACAUGAAAAGUGGAGAGUUCCCCACAGAGCAGGCCAUUCCAGUGUGCAGCUCACCUGCAUCCAUCAACGCUGGCUUUGAGCUCCUGGUGGCGCUGGCUGUGGGAUGUGUUCGCAACCUCAAACAGAUCGUUGACACUUUGACUGACAUGUACUACCUGGGCUGUGAGACAUUAACAGAGUGGGAGUAUUUGCCUCCAGUGGGGCCACGACCCAACAAAGGUUUUGUAGGUCUGAAGAAUGCCGGUGCUACCUGUUAUAUGAACUCUGUCAUUCAGCAGCUCUACAUGAUCCCUCCCAUUCGCAACGGCAUUUUAGCUAUUGAGGGGACGGGCACCGACGUGGAUGAUGAUAUGUCGGGGGAUGAGAAGCAGGAAAAUGAGACUAAUGUAGAUCCCCGUGAUGAAGUUUUUAGCUACCACCACCAGUUUGAUGAUAAACCCUCAAGUAAGUCUGAGGACAGGAAGGAGUACAACAUUGGUGUGCUGCGUCACCUACAAGUCAUCUUUGGCCACCUGGCUGCAUCCAGGCUGCAGUACUAUGUCCCAAGAGGAUUCUGGAAGCAAUUCAGGUUAUGGGGUGAGCCAGUAAAUCUGAGGGAACAGCACGAUGCUUUGGAAUUUUUCAACUCGCUGGUGGACAGUUUGGAUGAAGCUCUCAAAGCUCUGGGUCACCCUCCCAUGCUCAGCAAAGUGCUAGGAGGGUCCUUCGCAGACCAAAAGAUUUGUCAAGGAUGCCCCCAUAGGUACGAGUGUGAGGAAUCAUUCACAACACUCAACGUAGACAUCAGGAACCACCAAAACUUGUUGGACUCUAUGGAGCAAUAUGUUAAAGGAGAUCUUCUAGAAGGAGCAAAUGCUUACCAUUGUGAGAAGUGUAACAAGAAGGUGGACACAGUGAAGCGUUUGCUGAUCAAGAAACUGCCGCCUGUCCUCGCUAUCCAGCUAAAGCGCUUUGACUAUGACUGGGAAAGGGAGUGUGCCAUUAAGUUCAACGACUACUUCGAGUUUCCCAGGGAGCUGGACAUGGAGCCGUACACAGUAGCAGGUGUGGCGAAGCUUGAGGGUGACGACGUGAACCCAGAGAACCAGAUGAUCCAACAGAAUGAGCUGUCUGAAGCCACACCACCUGGCAGCUCCAAGUAUCGUCUGGUUGGAGUACUGGUUCACUCUGGCCAGGCCAGUGGCGGACACUACUAUUCCUAUAUAAUCCAGAGAAAUGGAGGUGACGGGGAGAAGAACCGCUGGUAUAAGUUUGAUGACGGUGAUGUGACUGAGUGCAAGAUGGAUGAUGAGGAGGAGAUGAAGAAUCAGUGCUUUGGGGGAGAGUACAUGGGGGAAGUAUUUGACCAUAUGAUGAAGAGGAUGUCGUAUCGGAGGCAGAAGCGCUGGUGGAAUGCUUAUAUCCUGUUCUACGAGCGCAUGGACUCACUGGACAAGGACAGCGAACUUGUUAAAUAUAUUUCUGAGUUGUCCAUUUCCUCCACCAAGCCACAUCAAGUCAAGAUGCCUAAUGUCAUCGAGUGUAGCGUUCGCAAGCAGAACGUCCAGUUCAUGCACAACCGGAUGCAGUACAGCCUGGAAUAUUUCCAGUUCAUUAAGAAACUUCUGACCUGUAACAGUGUCUAUUUAAAUCCCCCUCCAGGACAAGACCACCUUCUGCCAGAGGCAGAGGAGAUUGCCAUGAUAAGCGCUCAGCUGGCUGCUCGGUUCCUCUUCAGCACAGGUUUUCACACCAAAAAGGUCGUACGAGGUCCUGCCAGCGACUGGUAUGACGCUCUCUGCAUCCUGCUGAGACACAGUAAGAAUGUACGCUACUGGUUUGCACACAACGUUCUGUUCGCUUACCCUAAUCGGUUCUCUGAGUAUCUCCUCGAGUGCCCAAGUGCUGAGGUCCGUGGAGCGCUUGCCAAGCUUAUAGUCUUCAUCGCUCACUUCUCCCUGCAAGAUGGUCCAUGUCCCUCCCCCACUGCCUCGCCUGGACCCUCAGCUCAGGGCUGUGAUAAUCUGAGCCUUAGUGACCACUUGUUGAGAGCUGUACUGAACCUGCUCAGGAGAGAGGUUUCUGAACAUGGCCGGCACUUGCAACAGUACUUUAACCUCUUUGUCAUGUACGCCAAUUUGGGCCUGGCAGAGAAGACUCAGCUGCUGAAGCUAAAUGUUCCUGCUACUUUCAUGUUGGUAGCUCUGGACGAGGGUCCUGGUCCUCCCAUUAAGUACCAAUAUGCUGAGCUGGGCAAGCUUUACACUGUGGUCUCCCAGCUGGUGCGCUGCUGUGAUGUGUCCUCACGCAUGCAGUCCUCCAUCAAUGGUAACCCUCCCCUUCCUAACCCGUACGGGGACCCAAAUCUGACGGCUCCAGUCAUGCCUGUACAGCAGCUGGUGGCAGAGAUCCUGUUUGUGAGGACAAGCUACGUAAAAAAGAUCAUUGAGGACUGCAGCAACUCAGAGGAGACUGUGAAGCUGCUUCGAUUCUGCUGCUGGGAGAAUCCUCAGUUCUCCUCCACUGUACUCAGUGAACUGCUCUGGCAGGUGGCGUAUUCCUACACCUAUGAGCUGAGGCCUUAUCUGGACUUGCUGCUACAGAUCCUGCUUAUCGAGGACUCCUGGCAAACACACAGGAUCCACAAUGUGCUUAAAGGCAUUCCUGAUGACAGAGAUGGGCUGUUUGACACCAUCCAGCGCUCCAAGAGUCACUACCAGAAACGGGCCUAUCAGUGCAUCAAGUGCAUGGUGGCCCUCUUUAGCAACUGCUCUGUGGCUUACCAGAUCCUGCAGAGUAACGGUGACUUGAAGCGAAAGUGGACGUGGGCUGUAGAGUGGUUAGGGGAUGAGCUGGAGAGGAGGCCGUACACAGGAAACCCACAGUACACGUACAAUAACUGGUCCCCUCCUGUUCAGAGCAAUGAGACCUCUAAUGGAUACUUCCUGGAGCGCUCACACAGUGCUCGCAUGACGCUGGCUAAGGCAUGUGAACUCUGUCCUGAAGAGCUCAAGUGUACUCAGGGAAGCCCAGGGAAGGAGCCAGAUGAACAGGAAGCGCCUGAUGAUCAAGACUCCUCCCCCCCUGAGGACACGUCUCUUUACCCCCAUUCUCCUGGAACCACCCAGUUUCAGCAGAACAACCACCCCCACGGGCAGCCGUACACUGGGCCUGCUGCUCAGCACAUGAACAACCCCCAGCGUCCUGGCCCGGCUUCUGCUCCAACUCCAGGCCCGACCCAGACCUCGGGUCUCAGUACCACUCCUGGCUCAGGCUCGCGAGCACCAGAGAACUGGGAGGGCACUGAGGAGGUUGCCCCACCCCCAACCUCCACCCCAGCGCCCGCCCCACCUAAGGAAUAACCUCCCUUCUGCUGUGCCUCGAGCCUCCAUCGUCCUGAUCAUCUUCUCACCCUUCAGUAAACUGAGCUCCUCUUCAGGCCUUUCUGUUUCUCUCGCUGACCCCAAGGUAGGGCUGAGCCAGGCCUCCCAUCGUACCCCACCUCCUCUUCUCCAGGCCACCUCUCUUCCCCAUCCACCCUAUGGGAGGCGCUCUUCCCUGGCCUGGAGCUCAGUGUGACAAAGGGCCUGCUCGUGACUACAGAGGCGAGAAAAUGGACAAGAUAAACAAAAUGUCAGCUGACGAUGCUGACACGCUUAUCUAAACAAGGUGUACAUAGUUGAUGUUUUUGACUGUUCAGGUUCUCCAGUAGCAUAACUCCGUGCGGUUUGCUGUUGGGAGAUGUUUCAGAUUUAAUGAAAAACAAGAUGGAUAUUAUAAAUAAGAAAAAGUUGCCCCCGCAAAAAAACAAGAAAAGAAAAAAAAAGAAACAAGACGACGACGACUCUCUCACCCAUGCUCAGUAGUAAAGUUUGUUCAACUAUCGGACACUAUCUGGUCAUUCAAACGUAGGACGACACAUUGUUAU